AUGCCCAGUUGUCUAUGCAAGCUUUCACAGAAGAUUGGAAUGAAUCACAGUUUUGGGUAUGUUUGUUUCCCUCGGCAGUUUGUCUGUCUUACUUCCUCGACAGCCAGCGCAAAGCUUGACCAACCUGCAUGUUGGCAAUAUUAUCUACACACGCAUGUAGAGACCGUCUGA